AUGAGCAGCACGUCGACCGACGAACUCGGUGCUCCGGCGACGUCGACGUCGCCUCCGUCGUCGGCCACGGCCACGACGACGCCGACGACCAGCGAUGGCAUGGCGAGCCCAACGUCGUCGCAAGCCAUCUCCACGCCUCCGUCCGAUGAUGGGUCGGGCAUGUCGGCCCAACCGUUCAUCUGGGUCAUCAUUCCGCUGCUCGCCAUCUUCGCCACCGGCUGCUUCACAUUCUUUGCCUGGAGGCGUCACAUGCGGGCCCGAAGGCGCGGCGGCGACGGGCUCGACGACCUCGUCCUGAUGCCGAGCGGCUUCUACAUGGCACGCACGGGACGCCGCCCCCCGGCGCGAGCCUCGAACCGAAUCCGCUCGGUCGAAGGCCUCAACGAGCUGGGCGAGGCCCCACCACCGUACGACGCGAAGAGGCCCCCGUCGGUUGACAGCCCCGGCGCGGACCUGGGAGCGUCGGAAGUCGAACAGGCUCGGUCGCCGGAAGCCGACGGCAUUGUCCCGCCGCCCGAGGCGCACGUGGCCGAAUCUUCGCGGGCGAACGGAUGA